CCCGCCCGCAGCACGGCGGCGGCGGCGGCGGCAGAGCAGCGCCCAGAGCCGGCCCGGCCGGGCCGCGCCGCCGCCACCACGGGACUUUUCCAUGCUCAGAGGCUGUUCCUGCACAUCCCUCAAGGAGCUGGUGGGGCUGAACCUUUCCUGCAGCAACAUGGACUGAAAGAGGAGCUUCACCAGACCUCAGCUGCUGGUGCUCUUCGCCUGGACCCUGAUGGACUCCGAGGCAGGACUGCAUUACCAUGGUGAUGAUCUUAACCAAAACACGGCAAAACAAAGGUGCUGACUCUGUAACAUGCAGGACUGAGCUGCACACUCCAAAGAUGAGUCAAGGACCUACCCUCUUCUCUUGUGGCGUGAUGGAAAAUGACAGAUGGAGAGAUCUCAGCAGGAAAUGUCCACUUCAGCUCGAGCAGCCGGGUGCCAGCAUCUGGGACUGCUUGUCGGACAAGGGCGAGGAGGGCUCGCGCUGGCCCAGGGACACGGCCACCACUUGCUCCGUCACCAACCUGAUCAAAGACCUCAGCCUCAGCGACCCCCACGGCAACCCCUCUGCCCCCCCCAGCAAGCGCCAGUGCCGCUCGCUCUCCUUUUCGGAUGAGAUGUCCAGUUGUGGCUCCUCCUGGAGACCUUUGGGCUCCAAGGUCUGGACGCCGGUGGAGAAGCGGCGGUGUUACAGCGGGGGCAGCGUGCAGCGCUACUCCAACGGCUUCGCCACCAUGCAGAGGAGCUCGAGCUUCAGCCUCCCGUCGCGGUCCAACCCGCUGUGCUGCGAGCAUCCCGCCCUCAGCAGCCGGCUGGGAUGCCAGCCGAGGAGAUCAGCCACCGGCGGGCAUGGGGUGGACAUGCAGAGGUCCCUGUCCUGCUCUCACGACCACUUCUCCUCCUCGGAGUACUGUGUGCCAUCGGCGAGCAGCACUCCUGCCUCCACACCGGAGCUGGGCCGACGGGCAGGGGGGCUCUCCCGGAGCCGCUCCCAGCCUUGCGUCCUGAAUGACAAAAAGGUUGGGGUCAAGCGACGGAGACCGGAGGAGGUUCAGGAGCAACGGCCCUCGCUGGACCUCGCCAAGAUGACCCAGAACCGCCAGACAUUCAACAGCCUCACCUGCCUUAGCGCCGCGGCCGAGGACGGCUCCCGCCGGCUCCCAGCCCCGCGUCCAUGGCCCGCAGCCCCCCGCUCCCCGGAGGUGAUGCCGGGCAGGACCCCCGCCUGCACCCCGGUGCCGGAGCCGCCGCGCUCGCGGGCCGAGGAGCACCGGGCCAGCAGGGACGACCUGUCCUGCGAGGAGGAGGAGGAUGCCGCGGCGUGGCGCGGCGCUGGGGCCGGCACCGACAGCCUCUUCCAGCUGGAUGGAGAGAUUGACAUCGAGCAGAUAGAGAACAACUGAGGAGGGAGCGGGUCCUCUCGCCCUGGUGUCAGCAGAGCCGUGCAGGGCUCCCCGCUGCCAGCAAUGGGGUUGUGGGGUCCUGCCACUGCUCCCCUCCGGAGGGGACGAAGCAGCUUUGCCAAAACUUCAUCAGGUAUUUAGAGCAAUUUGUGUGCAUGCGUGUGUAAAUCUUGACAUUCUUUGUAACUACUGUAGCCAGAGCUCAGCUAGGUGGGGGAACUGCCUUGUCCAACUGGGAAAACCAGGCAUGGGGAUGGCCAAAAGCUCGUGUUUAGCAGGUAAAUGGCUUUUGCCAACGUAGGGUUGGAGCUGAUGGGGCUGGCCACACUCCCCUGUGCUUGUUAAAGGGAUGCACAAGGAGAAGCUACCACCCAUGGGACUGGAAAAAGUGGGGGGGAAACAGAAUAUUGAGGUUUGCAAAGUGAGCACUGGCUGCAGGGGAGGCUGUGGCUCCUGCUGCAGCGUCCUGUGCAGCCCCAGCACCCCACAUCCCUGGCAGUGCCAUGAUGAGGAAAUCACACAAGUGAAGAGUUUUGCUUAAAUUUACUGUUGGUAAGAGCUGGGUUUUUACUUCUUUUUCCUUAUUUUCCUUUUCCUGACGAGGAAUUAAAGGGAGCCCUGGCCCUAGUGCGGGACAGCAUCCACAGCCGCGCUUGGUGGGCGCAACCCAAGGAUGCUCAAACGCCUUCCUUCCCUAUAUUCCCAGUCUUCCCUCUUUUUCUUCUUCCCAGUCCCCUCUCUCAAACCCAUUGGGGACAAAGCCCCGAUCACACUCGGUGCCACCCUCAGUGGGGUCCCCAGCACCCAGUUUGGAGCAGGGCUGGGCUGUCCACCCGUUCACAGCGGCUGUGCCCUCUUUGCUACCCGAGGCACGGCUGCUGCCCUGGCUUGUGGCUCUGUCUCACUGUGAAGGGGCUGCGUGCCCGAGGCACACCACGGGCUCACUUGACAAAGUCAGCUGGCCAAAGGCUGAAACCCCAGGUAGCAGCACUGAAAGCUUUUCCUCUCCCUGUGCCUUUUCUAAGCACAGAUAAAGUGGUGACCGUUAUGUUUGUACCAUAUGAAUUCUCUUUGGUCAAAAUAAGCUGUCCCCUUGCUGACAGGUUUAGAAGGACACGUAGGUGUUUGUUUCCCUCCCUCUUGUUCUGGUUUUCUGUUUGUUUAAAGCCGUACGAGUGGCUCCCAGCAUCUUCUGCAGGUUCUCUCAAGCUCAGGGUUUACUUCCUGAGCUCCCCAAAGCGAGAAAGGAGAAAAGUCCUUGAUGCCAACAGCAAUUGAAGAUGCAAUAUUAAAAGGGGGUUUAGCACCCCAUUAAAAUAGGGUUCAGCGCCCCCAUUGGCAAUGUUUUAGGAGCCUGUAACUCAGACAGGGCUGAGAGCUGCUGGUACAGGUUUUAUUCUUUAUUCCUGGUUAUGUUACUGCACUUUCUUCCAUGGUGGGUCGGGAUGCGUGUGGCGUCUCCAUCGCAGUGGAACCCACCAGCUCUUUGUUAUCCCCAUCCUGGCACCGCAGAGGUUUUGCUCAUGGCAGUGGCCACGUCCGCUCCCUCCAGGCAAGCAGGGACAGCCCAAAAUACUUGGGGAUGACAGGGAUGUCUUUUCAUUUUGGAGAAUCAUAGAAUCCUAGGAUGGUUUGGGUUGGAAGGGACCUUAAAGCUCAUCCAGUUCCAACCCCCUGCCUCUUUAAAGCAUCACUUGAUGCAUUGUUUAAAGGCAAAUACAUCCUGGCUUCAUUCUGAGCUCUCCUGCGGUGGAAGACGCUGCCUGUCUCACGUGUUUUGGGGGGGUCCAGCGUUCCUUUGGCUGCUGCCACCCCUCAGUUCUCAGCUUUGAGUCUUCCUGACGCUCCAUCUCCCCUUCCACUGACACAUCCCCGGUGUUGGGGCGCACAGCUCCCGCUGCCCAUCGGCACCUCUUCCCAACUGACUGAAAAAGGGCAAAUUCACCCCAAUCCAGGUCCGGCCGCUGCCACAGAGCUCGGGAUGGGCUCUGGCCUGAGCAUCACCGUGGCUGUAAUUCCUAAGGGCUCCUGUUUUCUUUCCAAGGGCUGCUGCCGGUGCCAUGCUAAGCCCGCCGGUAGGAAGGUGAGCGAUGGAGCACUCCCCAGCUGUACUCGCCAUAGCCGUAGCAUUCAGUUUACACACAGCACAACCCGUUUGCCUUACUAAAGAUGCUUCUCCAAGGAGUCAUGGCCUUAGACUGGGCACGUUAGCGUAGGCACAGACUACAGUUAGCCACGGUUUUGAGGCCACGGUGGUGUCCUGUUGGGUGUUACGUUGGGUUUGUAUGAUUUCAUGUACUUAUUCUCAGUUUAAGAAAGCCUUACUUUUUAAAUUUCUCUCUCUUUUUUCUUUUCUCUCUCUUGUAGAGGUAAAAACAUUCGUGGAUUUAUAUAUAUAUAAAUAUAUAUAUAAAUAAAGUAAUGGAAAAGAUUAAAUAUAAUAUAGUACGUGCCUCAGAUUCAGGGGACAUCCUGUUGAUUGUAAAGUCCGAUUGCUCCCUGGCACCAGGAGAUCCCUGUGCCCACAGCAGCAGAGCAGAGCAUCCUGCUCUUGGUUUGUAAAGGACUUCACCUAUUCCACAGAUGCUUUUGUAUUGGUACCCCCCCUCCCCGGCUGAUUCCUGCCGGCUGCCAGAAUGUGAUAUUAAAGUAAUAUGCAGACAAGGGAUGUUAUUCCUUGCUAGGUAGCUAAAACAGGCUCGUGAUUGUGAAGAGACGUGGUGGCUUGUCCCAGACGUGACCCAGCCUGGCCAGCAGCAGCUGUGCCAGCAGCAAUAAGGGUUCAUCACCCUGCAAAAGAAAAGGGGUUUUAAUAGGAAAAGUCUUAGCACACCUUGUGCGUUUGCAGAUGCAGCUCUUUGAGCUGAGAUUACAUGGAAAUAAAAGCAAAACAGCAAAAAAGAAGUAUUUGUAAAAUAGAUUGUAAUAAUUCCACAUUAUAGCAGAGCCUGUUUGGCUGAUAAAGUUGUGUUUCAAGUGCAUUGUUUGAAAGCUCCUGGCUGAACAGGCUAACCAGACUUACGUAGGAUGUUGUAGGACCGUAGCAGUGCUUCAGGCGUCGGUGGGUUUGACGUUCAAGGAAUGAAUGGAAAAGAAGAGGAUGGCCAAAAAAUACCCAUAAAGAAGAAGGAAGGAAUGAAUAAAGCCUUCUGAAGCUAUGACCUGUAGUAGCCAAGCAGUCUCGCUGGCAAUUGCACAAGCACAGCGGGAUGUGCGCAUCCGGGGAGGAGGUGCUGGUGUCCUCUCCCCAGUGGUGAGGAGGUUGCCCACUCGUACCCCUCCAUGACUUGAUUGCACUAGAGCAGCUCAAUCUCAGGAAAUUGCUUGUUACUUUUACUGUGUAAAUAAAGCUUCCUGGUUCAAUAACC